GGAGUGCAGGAGCAUCCUGGUAAAGCCCCGUGAAGAAGAAGGAACCCAGCUGCUCCUCGGUUGCAAUUUUGGGCUGGUUUUGAUCCUUCUCGCCUCCUCGCUGGUGGAGUUUGGGGGCACCCUUGUCCCCUCCGCGGCCCCGGGCAUGGCAGAAGCUGUUCCUGAUGCUGGUUUCAACCUCAAAUGCAUUAAGGAUAAAAAGGUCCCCAUCACAGUCACUGUGGUGGUCACGGCGCUGCUUCUCACCAUCAUCACACUGGCGUUGAAGAAAUGUCCAUCCUGCCCCUCUCCCGUCCUUGCCAGCUGCCUGCAGAAAGGGAUCAGGUACGGGGAGAAGUGUUUUUACUUCGUGGAGGUGGAGGCGGACUGGGACAGGAGCCAACGCUCUUGCCUCGGGCUUGGAGCCCAUUUGGCCACCAUCGACACCCAGGAGGAGUUGCAUUUCCUCUUGCGCUAUGGGACCUCCUGGCACUACUGGAUUGGUCUCCAGCGGGAAGACUCCGGGCCUUGGAAGUGGUUCAACGGGUCUCUCUACAACAACCUGUUCAAGGUGCAGGGUCAGGGACAAUGUGCCUACAUCAACGGUGAGGGGAUCAGCAGCGACUCGUGCUCCCAACUGAAAUAUUCUCUCUGUAGCCACCUGUGA